AUGCAGUGCUGGCUCCUGCUGCUUGCCCUGCUGCUGGGGACUGCUCUCACGCAGCCCCUGCGCCAGAGCUACUCGGUCCCCGAGGACUUCUCUGCUCCGCUGGAGCUUCCACAGGAGCACUUCGGACUGGUGGAUGAUUACGGCAUCAAACCCAAGCAGCCUCGCUUCAGGACCCAGGCAGCCCGGGAGCGGCCGGCGGGGCUGCGCAGAGCUGGCAAAAGCAAGCGUGAUGAGCUUGACUUGUUGGAGUACUACUACGAUGCCCACCUGUGA